AUGUCCCAAAACCGAGACUCCUCGUCCGAAGACUCAUCCAGCUCUUCGCUAGCCCCAUCGCCGCAGCCAGUCAGCUCCAAGGCCACCCCUUCCCGGAGUGGCAACCAAAUCGAGCCCCAGGCUCCAACCCGCGGGCGCGGUACGACGCGAGCAGCCACUCGCCUACCAAGACGCCUAGGCCUACCUUCGCCGCCUCCGGCGAGAACCGCGGCCGUCUCCCCCGCGUCCUCCUACCGCUCGGCCAGGCCUACGAUUACGCCAAUAGAUAAAUGGACGGUGUCGAGUCUGAGGCAGGCCCUGUCCAAAAAUAACAUCAUACCUUUAAGCAAGUUGAAUAAAUCCGAACUUUACGACCUGUACGCAAACUCCCUAAAUAAUAACAUUUCUCCUCAGUCAACCCCAAUUCCAAAGAAAGGAAAAAAGAAAGGAAUACCCCAAAAUACGCCUCAAAGCACUCCACCAUCCUCCGCCGCAAGGCCUAGCUCCCAGCGGCUAUCAAGCCGCGGUAAAAGGCCCUCAACAAACCUGGGCCGCACUCCGAUCCCGACCGCCGGGGUACCCGCUACGUCGGCUGGAGCCCAGCCUCCCACCGCGGCUUCAAUCUCAACAGCACAAGGUGCUGAGGCUCAAGGAGGCUCCUGGCCGCCUCCUCCACCCAUCUCAGCCCCAUCGCACGGAACUUUUAAUACCGUUCCUGGAGCCCGGGCAAGCGCCUGGCCGAACAGUUCGCCAUAUACAGCGCCGCCACUCGCUUCUUCCAGCUUCGGGCCCGAGGCUCAAGCUAGCGCUUGGUCGAACUGGCUGUCUCACAAUGUCCCGCCCCCCGCUCCGCAGAGCUCCGAGCCCGCCGCUCAAGCUAACGUUUGGCCGAUCUGGCCGCCUAACACAGCCCCGACUCUCGCCCAUCCCAGCUUCGGGCCCGCGGCCCAAGCAAACGCCUGGCCAUGCUGGCCGCCCAACACGGCCCCGCAACCCGCAUCUUUCAACUCCGGGCCCGCGGCUCAAGCAAGCGCUUGGCCGCAAUCGCUGUCAAACACAGCCCCGCCCCCAACCGUCGCCACCACCCUCCUCCAAGCGAAAUCCCCCCACUCACUCUUCUCGGCUACACCGAUGCCCGUCCCAUCAAACGCUGUCGCCCUCGAACCUCCCCAAGUGACUCACAGCAUCCGAGCACAGAUAUUAGCAGUGGAACCAAUGCCCUUAUUGGGGAGCAAUCGACUCCGACCUGCACAGCCGCAUAUUCCUAGGCUGCAGGAGUAUUUCGUGCGCAGUCUGCAGGUCCGUGGCUCACUUAACCACAUCCUGCCCACAAAUAAAUCCGGACGCAACCCAGCACUCCGAUACUCCCCCGGCAAAAUCCACUAG